UCUUCCACCACGUGUCUUUUUAUGCUCGAGAAAAAUACGCAAGACAACUUCGAAAGUACUUUUCUAUCAGGUAUACCCCAUCCACUGGGGAAUCUACUGCGAAGAAGAGUAUACGGAGAGUUAGACAGUGUACUCAAAGUAGCAUUCAGGCUGAACUCCAUUUAUUUCAACCUGUGGAGGGUCGCGAGAGAGUGCAUCUGCGGCGGCGGCGGCUCGCGGUGUAGACAAAGUGGGAUGAGACGUCCUCAGCAAGACCAUCAUCACCUUCACAACAAUCACCACCAUCACCAUCAUCAUUACCAUCAUCAACAUCACCAUCAUCAUCAUCAUCAUCAUCAUCAUGGCUCUUCGACAAGUCCAACACGAUCUCGGCAAGUUCACGACAAGGACGAAUCUCGUUUAGCUAAAGUGAAACGCGUCCUGGCAGUAUCAUUGUUGGGACGGAAUGGAGGAUCUACAAGGAUAUUUGGUACGCGGCUAGAUUCAAUCGAGCCGUAUCUUGAUACCGGUGUACCUUUUGUGAUACACCGAUUAUGUAAUUAUAUCGAAACUCAUGGAUUUCAAAGCGCCGCCGUGUUCCGUCUCUCUGGUGGAAGUCCAAGGCUAGCAGAAAGAUUGAGGGCUGCCUUUGAAAGAAGAGGGGACGCUGAUUUAGAAGCAGCAGCGUGUCCUCCGACUGCGGCGACACUUCUUCGGCAGUACUUAAAAGAAUUACCACAACCUGUCGUACCAUCAACCCUUGUAGCUAAACUGUUGAUCAUUCAUGCUCAGAAUUAUGCUAAUGAUCAUGACUGUUGGAUUAAUUUAACAAAAGAAAUUCUGUCAACUCUACCAUCUUCCCAUUAUCGUUUGCUCGGUUACUUGGUUCUUUAUCUAAGCAAAUACGAAGCUAAACAUGGACGUAGUGCCGGAGUUUGCGGUGUAUUCGCCCCUGUGAUUCUACCUCAUGUUCCACCUGCUACUACGCUUCUUCGUGAUAUCUUAGUUGAAGCAUCUGCACUUUUCCCGGACUGCAUUCGUGAUAACGUGGUGAACGGCGUAAUCCCCGUAAGUGACUGUAAAAUUUGUAAGGACUCAAAGGACGAGUCAAAAGAUUUUGAAAGCGCAUCAUUGCUUUGCGCGCUGAAACCGCGUAAACGUAAAGAACGUCACGAAUCUUGUUGUCAAGAACGGAAACUGAUAAGAAGUAGCAGCGAGGAGCGUGUUCUUGAAAGUCCUGCUGAAGAUUUUAACAGCGAAAAACAUUUGCAUAUUUUAUCUCAGCUUGGACAAGACAUGGGUCAUGGUGUGAGAUGUGGAAGUCUUCCCUUACAUGAAAGAACAAACGUUUCUUCUGUAUCCAAGAAAACGCCACCGAUUUCAUCACCAUGCGAAAUAGUUUCGGAAACAGAAAAAUUUGAAUGUGAUGCUGAAAAAUUGAGAAGCAGUGAACGGUUCAGUCGAAGUAUUACCCCAAGAGGACGAAGACAAGCACGAAGAAGAAGGGUGCACAAAGUUGCAGACGCAGAGAAUUCUAGUAAGGAAAACGAAGAAGAAACCGAUAACAUUUAUAAUGUAUCAUCGAGUCCUAAUAGUCGUAAUGGAUCUCCAGCUCAAAGUUUUUUAGAAAUGUUGAGCAGUGGACCGAGCCGAUCACCAUCACCGGCUCGUCCGCCGACAGUUAGUCAUGAAGAUGUAAAUAAUCCCAGUUUAACUAAUUGGACUUUUCAACGACAAGAAAAUGUCGAAGCUGCCGAUGCGCGAGUAGAAGCUAUGCUUUCUCCACGAAAUUCUCUGUUAUUACCUAGACGUUUUUACUCUGAGAAUGAAAUGCAGCCUAAUGCGCCGAAUAUUGCAGAACUUGGUUUAAAAAAUUUAACAAAGCAUAUAAAUGGCUUGAAAAAGAAAAUAAAAAAAUAUGAAGACGAAUUUGAAGAAAAUUUUGGUUAUCGUCCAAGUCAUUCUGAUAAAAUGAGUAACAGGGAUAUCAAACGAUUAUGUACAGAAUUAAGUAAAUUACGGAAGGAACAUAAGCUAUUAAAGGAAGACCCAGUUAGCGCUUUAUUAGCUAAUUCAAAUAACAGAACAAGAAUAACUAGUGGCAGCCCAACAAAUAACAAUAACAGUCAAGAAAAGUCUAGGACAGUAUCAAUGGAAGAAAUGAUAAAAGAAAUAGAAAAGAAAUUAAGUGAAAAAAGAUUAAAAUAUAACAGAUCAGAGAAUAUGGAAGAACUAUCAUAUGAACAACUAAUAGAUGAAAAAACUGCUGUCCAAAAAGCUUUGCUUCAUAUUGAAAAUACUUUUGGAAGACCAGUUUCUAAAGAAGAUAGAACUGUCGUGCGACCUUUGUAUGAUAAAUAUAGAACUUUAAAAAGAUUACUUAUUAGAGCAGGUGUGAGCAAAAAUAAAGAUAGUAUUUCAGAAUUAGCUACUAUUUUGGAGCAUGAAGCAAUGGAUUUUACAUCGUCCAAUUUACCUAAUAAUCCAUCUGAUACAGAAAGGAGAGCUAGUGAACCUGAUAUGUCACAUAGAGGUAUUUUAGAUUGUAUAGAUUCGGUAGAUCAAUUACCAACUGAUAGUGAUAGUCAACACAGCAGUAGCGAAGGAAGUCGUAGUAAUAACGAAAGUCUUCAUGCACUCCCACAAGAAGAAUUAUUGGUGCAGCAGAAAUUAACCAGAGAAGAGAAAAAACGUCUACGACGGGCUUUGAAAGAGUUAGAAGCGCAGUUUGAAGCUCGUGCUGGCCGUAGAAUGCAAAGAGAAGAUCGUGGUCCUCAAGUUACAACUGUUUACGAAUCAUAUAAGCAAGCCAAAGCAAAGCUUCGACUGAUUGAUGCUCUUGUAGCUAAAAAUGCUUGACGCAGUAUUUAAUGGAUGCCUUGAAAAAUCUACAUACAUCCAACAACAAAAAAACUUCAAACAUUACGAAACAUCCGAAGAGUGUGCAGUGAUUAUUAUACAAUCGAAACUUGAUACAGUUAUUAAUAAUGUUAUUGUGCAAUAGAAAUGUCAACAGGAAGCAUUAAAGAAAAUGGAAGUUACUAAAAUCAGGCAGUAGUAUGUAUCAUGAUUUGAAUUUAUUCAGAAAUCAAAAUAUUUUAAGAGAAGUAUUGAG